AUGCCCUUUGAUCGCGUGAUUCAGGACUCCGACGAUGAAGGGGAGUCGUUCGGGGAGCUUUCCCCAGAACAACCGAAGCGCGUCCCCAUGACAAAUUAUGGAGCGCAGGACGAUGCAAAGAGUCUCAAAGUUGUGGAAACCCACCACGAGUCUCAUAUCCCUGUCAACUUUGACGCAUUCCUUCAGUCGCAAGAUGCUCCGCAAACGAUAUUGUCCGCCUCCCAGCAGCGCAGGGAAGAGCGAUGGCUAUCAUCUACAGGACGUACUGGAUCCACGGGGAACAUGAUGACGGAAAUCGGCCUCGCGCAACAACGACUAUUCGACGAUGAACAGCAAGCCCAGUAUGCCCAGCAACUUACCAUAUCCCACGAACGAGAGCAGGUACAAGACUUCAACGAUGCUAUAGCCGAACCGGAGGGUAUCACAGAACCCCGCGAUCCCCCCACUGCACUGUCGGCACAAGACCAAUUUCUCCGCCCAGAGCCCUAUGGGGUAGACGCAAGCGGUGACUGGUCGCAGACGGCUUCAUACAAUAUUUUCGACUCGUCAUCCCACACUCCUUCUACCCUGCUUAACAGAGCCGACUUUAUCCGUGACUCGGGGGUCACGGCACAAACAGAAUUUAUCCAGAACCCCGAGCUUCGCCGAUGGACUUCUAUGCAGGGGUCGACUUCGUCUCCACACGACACAGAGCCGUUCUCAUCAGUCAUUUCCCCCGGGGCAACCAGAGCAAAGAGUGAUAAUGCUGCUUUUGUCAGUGUGCAGCCAUCGUCUGCCGAUGUUGAUGAACUCUCAUUACCAGUGGCCACGGAGAUACCUAAGGUUGAGAAGAGGGGCCGGAAGAAGAAGCAGGUCGUUCCUGCGAGCGACGACGAUGACGAGCUUGCUCUCCUACAGACCCAUGAAUUGGCACCCACGAAGCCCGAAAAGCGCAAGCCAGGUAGACCCCCGAAGAGCGCGAGAGUGGAUGAUACGGUCAGCACUGGCCCUGUUGAUCUUCCCGAGCCUGCAGACAAUCAACUGGCGGAAAACCAGGAGAUCAACGUUCCAAGUGCUCUGGAAAUUCCGCCUGAUGGCAUAACUGUCACUGUUGCUCCUCCUCAGAGCGCUAUCGACGAAACCUCGAACAAUAAUCAGAGCGAACAGCUUUCAGCGCCUGAACCAGAACCAAGUCCACAAUUACCUGCUACAUCCAUCGAUGAGCCGAAGAAGAAGAAACUGAAACGCGGCAAAACGACUUCAGUAACUCUAACCAAGACAUACGAGUCAGAGGUCGAAGACGAUGUGAUCUGGGUAGACCAGAGACCCGUUCUACCUCUCGAAGACAACAGUCUCACCAACCCUACCGAACCAAGUAACGACGCAGCUGCGGAACAGGCACCAGCUCCCAAAAAGCGCGGCCGCAAGAGGAAGAAGGCGCCCGAGCAGCUAGAAAAUGCACCAGACGCGCCGCCAGCCCCAGAAGAACCUAAUGCACCAACAACAAACUCCAAUGAAGCGAACAACACGCCUCGACCUAAAGAUACCCACAACGAACCCAGCAUAUCAGUUGUCCUCCCCACCAAAAAUACCACUCGCAUCCAAUCCCCAGAGCUCGCAAACCCUAUUAUCGAAGAACAAUCACCCCCUAAUCUCAACCUCCAACAACCAACCUCACCACCCAAACGCUCAGAACACUCACCACCAGCCCAACAACCGCCCGAAACACCGCAGAAGCAAACAGACCCUAAAACCCCAUCGAACAAGGGACCCGGCAAACACAGUCCUAUCUCUUCCACAAGCAAAGUCCCCUACCGCGUCGGACUCAGCAAGAAGGCUCGAAUUGCGCCGCUGCUGAAGAUCAUCAAGCGAUGA